AUGCCAGAGGGUCCAGAAAUACAUUUGGCUUGUAGAUUUGUGAACCAUGUUUGCAGUAACCGGAUAUUCUCUGGUAAAGUAGUGAAAUCAGUUGUGUCAAAAUGUGACGACGUUUCCUUUGAUUGCGAGUCGUACACAGUGAGUGCAUCGGCGCGUGGCAAAGAAAUGCAACUUGCUUUGCAUCCGAACUCCAGCCUGUUGGUAAACAAGGAGAAGAAAUAUAAAACAUCGUCCGGAAAUAUGACGAAGAUUUUGUUUCGAUUUGGAAUGUCAGGAAGCUUUCAUUUCUCUUCAAUUAAUGAACUACACAAACAUGCCCAUUUGAAGUUUUUCACUAAAGAAACUCCACCAAUGGUGUUGAGUUUUGUUGACACCAGACGCUUUGGUAGAUGGGAAGUGAAUUCCGAUUGGUCAAAGGAUAGGAGUCCUGAUCCAAUGUUCGAAUAUCAGGUUUUCAGAUCCAACAUUGUGAUGAAUAUCAGUAAUAAAGUUUUUGAACGACCAAUCUGUGAAGUUCUUUUAGAUCAGAAGUUUUUCAAUGGUAUUGGAAAUUAUUUAAGAGCAGAAAUACUUUACAGGAGUGGAAUUGCACCAUUCACCAAAGCCAGAAAUGUACUAGAGGGGCUGCCUGAAAUACCA